AUGCAGGCGCACCCGCAGGUGGCGGGUGUGCAGGGGAAUGGCUGCCUGGCGAUGGCCAACGUGUGUUCCGGCAGCGACGCCGCAGGAAUCGCAAGCAAGCAGCGCGCAGCAGACGCAGGCGGAAUCGAGGUCGUUGUGGCGGCGCUGCGGGCGCACCCGCAGCAUGCGGACGUGCAGCAGUUUGGCUGCGGGACGAUGGCCAUCGUGUGUGUCGGCUCUGACGCCGCAGGGCUUGCACGCAAGCAGCGCGCAGCCGACGCGGGCGGCAUCGAGUUGGCUGUGGCGGCACUGCGGGCGCACCCGCAGGUGGCGGGUGUGCAGGGGAAUGGCUGCCUGGCGAUGGCCAACGUGUGUUCCGGCAGCGACGCCGCAUCGCUCGCACGUAAGCAGCGCGCAGCAGACGCAGGCGGAAUCGAGGUGGUUGUGGCGGCGCUGCGGGCGCACCCGCAGGUGGCGGACGUGCAGGAGUAUGGCUGCUGCGCGCUGGGCGACGUGUGUUCCGGCACCGACGCCGCAGCGUUCGCACGUAUGCAGCGCGCAGCAGACGCGGGCGGAAUCGAGUUGGUCGUGGCGGCGCUGCAGGCGCACCCGCAGGAUGCGGGUGUGCAGGAUUAUGGCUGCUGCGCGCUAUUCAACGUGUGCGUCGGCAGCGACGCCGCAGCGCGGGCGCGGAGGCAGCGAGCUGUGACUGCGGGCGCGACCGAGGCGGCGGUAGGGGCUAUGCAGGCUCACCCGGACGCCGCAGCUGUCCAGAGGGAAGGACAGCGUUUGCGUGAUCUUCUUGCCUGA